CUGCUUUCAGAAUGUUAUAGUCUCGGGUCUAAUAAUAUAACACUUAAAUACAGGGGAACCUUUACGAUCGGGAAUACAUAUGGAAUCGACGGCAAGUUCGUGGUUGUUGACCGACCAGAGAAGGUAGGAUUAAACUUGAUGAUAAGUUUAAGGAAGAUCCUAAAUUGUACUCCUUGUGGGAUGAUUGCAGCUCUGGGGAAAGACGGGUUGGCACAUAUUGCUGCACCAAAUCCUAAAUUUCCAUGCCAUGAGGAAUCUUACAACCCUUCUCCAGAAUACAUCCCAACAGCAGAAGAAAUAAACUCUUACAAGUUCAUGUUUGAGGAAGACCGACCU